CCGGUCAUGGUUGCAGUGUGUAGCGCAGUCGCUGGUAGCCAAGUCGAGCCAUGUUAGUAACCGUAUGGUUGUUUAUGCGGCCAAUGUUUACGCGGUGGUCAAUUUAUAUCGUGCGUUGCGCUUAUGAACGGUCAAGAAAAGCGUACAGGAUGGCUAUCAGCCAAUGUGACAGUGCUGUAUGAUAAGCAGCGCUGAAUUUGCCCUAAGGUCGCUGUGCUCCAUACAGAAUCAUGCACCCCACUAGAGGCUUAGAGGUUGACUUUUGUGGGCAGACGGAAGAAGUUGUAAAGGUUGACAGUUGUGCACAGACUGAAACCGCCAUAAAGAGGACUUGUGAAGUACAGACUGAAUUUUCCGGGAAGACAUCAGAGGCGUUUGUGAAUGCCCAAGGAGAGAACUCACUAGCGGAGUCCACCCUACUACAAGGGACGUUGAAUACUCUUGUCAAAAAUGGCAGAAUGCGGGUCUGCGACUCUGCUGGUGAUACAUGGGAUGAUGAAAGUGAGGACGAAACCACUGCCACUGUUUUGCACACAGUCUACCCCUGCAAGGAAUGUGGUGACCUCUUCUUGAAGGAAGAUGUGUUGAAUGCACACUUGUGGCAGGACCACAAGCAGAGGGGCCGUCUCGGCUUGCAUAAAUGGACACCCAGAGGCGUGCAGCCAUUUGAGUGCCAGUUCUGUCAAAAGACGUUCAGCCAGCGGGAGUAUCUCGACCGGCACCUAAAAGACCACUUUGAUGAAAGAAACCUUCUCAGUUUGCAAGAAAGGACUCUCAGAGGUGAGGAGCCAUUUCAGUGCCAAUUUUGUAAAAAGGGCUUCAGCCAGCGGGAAGAUCGAGACCGGCACCUGAGAGACCACUUGGAUGAGAGAGAGCAGUCGGAUGGGACGUUGUACGAGUGUGAAGAGUGUGGGCAACAUUUCACCCAGCAAUCUCAGUUGGCUUGCCACCAGAGGUUGCAUGUGGGCGAUGACACAUGCGCCAGUGUAUGCCCCAACUGCGGCCAGGCCUUCACGCAGAAGCACAUGCUCAUCGAACACAUGCUGUCCCAGCACACAGACGGAAGGCCUCAUGCCUGCCAGGUGUGUGGGAAGACGUUCACACGAAUCAGGAGCGUAAGGAGGCAUGAAGAAGUGGUGCACAAAGGCCAUUACCAGCACCAUUGUCCAGUAUGUGAUAAAGGGUUUUCUAAAAAAAGUGAACUAACACGCCACUUAGAGUCACGUCACGGCCAUGUUGGGAUACAGAGUCAGGAUGCAGUGAGCAUUUCGCAGUGCUUGACCACAGAAGCAGAGGAGCAUAGUUAAAGCAAAAAAAAAGUUGACUCUGUAAUGGCAUAGUGGCUUUGGUGUUGUUUUGAGAAUAUGUGGUCGUUCGUCGAGUGCAUGUUUGUGCAUUUUUUAUUGGGCUGCAGAGGCCUGCAUUCUGUUGCAAAAAAAAUGCAAAACCUUCGUACUUGAAUUUAGGCAUGUGGUACAGAAGUACCAGGUGAUUAGAAUCAAUCUGGUUUACUGCUGUGUCAUCACUCAUAAACCGUAUGUAGUAUUGGAUGUUAAACUGUAAAUGAUACUGUCAAUAAAGAAAUAAAAUAGA